AUGCCAGUUGGAGAGUGCACAAUUACGUUACAGGAUGUGGAAGUUUUGGUGGGAUUACCGACUGAUGGCGAGCCCGUUAUCGAGUUUCAUGAAUUGGCUAACGAUGCCGAUGAGGAAACUAUCACACGUUAUGCAUGGGCAUAUAUUUUACAGUUGAUGGGUGGGAGUAUUUUUGCCGAUAAAUCAACUCGUUAUAUGCACCUAAUACAAUUAUGCAAGGCAUCCAAACAAGGUGUUCGUGAAAUAGCUGGGCCACUAAUAUUGUUACAAAUAUGGGCUUGGGAACGAUUCCCAAUAGUGGCUCCGCAACUCCUACAUGUCAAUGCUAAUCAAUUACACGGUCGAGCUUAUGGUUCAAGAUGGAGAGAUCAAUUUUGUGUGACAAGAUCGGCUACACAUGUAGUCUCUCAGUAUAGGUACAUGUUUGAUCUUCUUCAACCUAGUCAGAUUGUCUGGGAGCCAUACAAAACUGUCAUAGAUAGCUUGCCACAUUUUUGUACAAACGGACACAACAUAUGGCGGACGAUUAGUCCUCUCAUAUGUUUCUACAUUGGUGAGUGGCAUCAUCCUGAUAGAGUACUUAGACAAUAG